AUCUCAGCGAAAUUAUUUGAUUGAUGAAGACCAGACCAUUGGAAGAGAUGGAAAGAAUGCCCAUGGGCCAAAUACAGUCAUCAGCAUACUUCAUCACCAUUUUCAAAAUUAUAGCAUGGGAGAGAAAUGUGCUGUUCUUCACUGUGAUAACUGUCCAGGUCAAAACAAAAACCGGUAUGUGAUUGGAUAUUUGCUAUGGCGGGUCAUGAUUGGGCUACAUCGAGCAAUUGAACUUCACAUGCAGAUACCAGGGCAUACAAAAUGUCAAGUGGAUGCAGGCUUUGCUCAGAUCAAAAAGAAGUACAGGAGAUCAGAUUGUGACACUCUACAGCAUGUUGCUGACGUAGUCUCCAAGUCCUCCAAAAGUAACGAGGCUGUGAUAAUAGAGGAUGGAAAUGUGAAAUACUAUGAAUGGAAAGAGUAUAUAAAAACAACUUUUCAGCCUUUGAAAGGGAUACGCAAGUUUCAUCACUUCACUUUUUCAGCACUGCUGCCUGGAGUUGUAUUAUGCAGCGUUGAUGUAGAUGGCGACAAGGUCCCAGUAAUCCUCAGUAAUCACGACCAAAUCACGCUGGCCAGUCCAUACGGACAAUUAUCUUCUGCUGAAGGUACUGCUCCACCACCCUGGCGCGACGAGGACGGGCGUUAUCAUCCAUCAGGAUGAACUCAGGGCCAACAG